UUUUUCCCCAUGCUGAAAGCCCACUCCGACUGGAAGCAGCAUUCUGGGUCUAGCCGUCAUCCGUCCAGUCAUUCUGGAAACAGCGUAUCGAAGGACUUUUUCACUUUAUUAUUUAAAAGCGUUAUAUCAAGCGUUAUAUCAAGAGUAUUUCAAGCACUCAAUUGGAUUGGAAAAAACCUUUUACACCUAUCAUCUCAUCGCCAUUCCCUUGAAAUCGUAGCUUUUUGUCUUUUUAAAAUAUUGUUUAGUUUGGUGGACUGCGGCAGUUCAUCAAUGACGUUGUCUUAGGACAUCUGUCGUGUAGUGGCCAUCGAAUUCAAGAUGAAAAGUUUCUGCGUUAUUUUGUUUUUAGCAACUUGUCUGUUCACGGUGAAUGGAAGACAUCCCAACUGUAACUUCAUGUUGGAGCUGGAGAGGGAACAUGAAGAGUGUCUGGCUAGACUGAAGGAGCAGGAGUCAAACACCUCCAGAGAAACAGGCUGCAAAGGAGUCUGGGAUAACAUAUCUUGUUGGGAUCAUGCUGGGAUUGGAGAGACUGUCACCAUCCCUUGCCCAAGAGUGCUCCAGGCCUUAUUCGGCACAGAUGGAAAUAUAAGCAAAAAUUGCACUGCGAAUGGAUGGUCACCAGUUUUCCCCAACAUUACCAGUGUGUGUGAAUCAGGCAUUAACGAUAAGCAGGUCUUCUACUUGGUAGUGAAGACUCUAUACACUCUUGGCCACAGCUUGUCUUUGAUUGCUCUGACAACUGGCAGUGCCAUCCUUUGUCUGUUCAGAAAACUCCACUGCACACGGAACUACAUCCACCUGAACCUGUUCUUCUCCUUCAUCCUGAGAGCAGUGGCUGUCUUGGUGAAGGAUGACAUCAUUUUCAAUCGUAGUGCUCAGUGCUCCAACCAACCUUCACUGAUAGGAUGCAAGGCCAGCUUGGUGUUCUUCCAGUACUUUAUAAUGGCCAAUUUCUUCUGGCUGCUUGUUGAGGGACUUUAUCUCCAUACACUACUGAUGGUGAUCUUCUCUGAAAAUAGACACUUCAUUGUUUAUCUUCUGAUCGGCUGGGGAAUCCCAACUGUGUUUGUGUUUGCAUGGGCAAUGACAAGGAUUUAUUAUGAAGAUACUGGAUGUUGGGAAAUAGAAGAUCACCCAGUACCAAACUGGGUAAUCAACGGUCCUAUCUGUUUCUCCAUUCUUGUGAACUUCAUUCUUUUUAUUAGCAUUAUAAGGAUUUUGGUUCAGAAGUUAAGAUGUCCAGAUGUGGGUGGAAAUGACCAGUCACAAUACAAGAGGUUGGCCAAAUCCACUCUCUUGUUGAUUCCUCUCUUUGGCAUCCAUUAUGUGGUUUUUGGUGCUUUGGGGGAAUUCAUUGCAAUGGAUUACAAAGUAUUUUUUGACCUUGGUAUUGGAUCCUGUCAGGGUUUGGUGGUGGCCAUAUUAUACUGUUUCUUAAACAGUGAAGUCCAAGGGGAGCUGAAGAGGAAAUGGCGGAGUAUAUGUCUUAACUGCCGCAUGAGCAGAGACAACAACCCCAGCAGCACCUAUGCCUCGCGAAAUGGAUCCGAGCACAUGUUGCAGUUCCAGCGUAAUUCCCGUACCCAGUCCAUCCUGCAGUCUGAGACUACGGUAUUGUGAAGGGAACGAGGCGCAGCUUCAAAACAAGCUACUCAUCCCAAAAACAGAUGCUUGUGUUUGUCAUCUUACCAAACACCACACACCUUUGUAAAAAGAAAACAGGGAUAUUAUUGAUUACAUGUACAUGCUUGUAGCAACUAUAGAGGUUUUAACUCAUCGGUUUACUGUCCAAAGUGUACAUUGUAUUUCAACUGGUGUCAGAGAGAAGUGCUGUGCAAAUUGUGAAAUGGAUGUCCCACUGUUAUCAGUGACCUGUCACUGAAGUCAUUCUCCAGGGCCUCUUCCUCUAAAAAGUAUUUGCUUCAGAGAUUUAUACUUUACAUGUGUUUAUCUACUAUUUGUUUGAUUAGUGUAAAGGGAAAUCAUGGUAUAUGUUAUUUGAGGAUUUCAUUGAAUAUUGUUAAAACGUAACUUUGUACAUUUGUGUGUGAUUUUGUCAAGCGUAUUUUAUCUGGUAUGAUAAAACACUUAUUGCUACAUGUUGAUUUACGGUAAAAUAUCUUGACAAUGAUUGUAAACAAAAACAGUAUUCUUUUAUAUUUUCACCAAUUUACAUUUAGUCAUUUAGCAGACGCUCUUAUCCAGAGCAAUUUACACCACUCUGUUGUCUGAUAAAAAUGUAAAACCUGUAAGGCAAGUAAAAUAUGGAACGUACAUUUAAAUUGUUGUGUUGUAAUUGAUUAGCUAGAGUCUAUAGUCUGUAGGAACUAGGUUACGGCAGGCUAUGUAGUAAUGAAGGUAUUCAUGAAAUAUUUAAGGUGUAGACAACCUUAAAUAUACCUUGAAAUUAUACUUUGCCCAAGUAUCUUUUGUGUUAGUCAAUCUAAAGACAAUUAACAUUAUUUCAUCAUUAUAGAUAAGUAAUUUUUUAAAGACACUAUGAAUGUCAUACCACAGACUGAUUUAUGAAAACUCUUGUAUUACUAUAUGUGAAUGUAUUUCUUUGUAAAUCAUUACUGUAUUGGUUAAUUCUUCUUGUGCGUUAAAAUUUCUCAUAGCAAGAGUCUGUGUUCAAAGCUACUGUUCCAUGCGUGCAUUGUACAAAAGUCACACCUCUAGUUGAACUGACUUUAAACCUAACCCCAAUUCCAGGUGCUAGAGGUGUAAAGGUCUAAGGAAGUGAUAGUCCUUGUUACUCUCUCUCACCAUUGGAUUUGUUUCAAAAGAUGUUCUUCAUUCCAUCUGUUUGCUUUUCUGCCAGGAGUUAAGGCCAUUAUUGCCCCUGUAUUGCAUUUAAUAUAUGAAACACAACUGUAGUGCCUUAGUGCACUGUGCUUAAGACUUAAUAUAUAAACCAGAUUUGUAUUCACCAUUUGUUAAAUGUCAAACUCUAAGUAUUAAGAGCGUAGAAUAGGUAUGUAAUGUAGAAGGGAAAGUCUCACUGCUACUCACAUCCACAUGGACAUUUUUGUAAGUUUGCAUAUGUAAAACAUUUUCAUAUUAGCAACAUGUUAUUCAAUUCAUUGUUUUUCAUGUCUGGGUAUGCAUAGUCUGUUAUGAGAUCAUGAAUAAACAUGGAUUUUGAUAUUCUAUUGUUGGACCAAUUAAGUACUUUGAGAGGUAGAGUACGAUACUUAUGAGAGGGAUCUCCUUGCUCUGAGCAACUGCUCCCUCUUGUUUCAACCAUGUUCUCUGAUUAAACCUUGACCUUGUUACUGGCUCAUUCAUGUCAGUUCCAACCUCCUACAUCCCUUUCCUGGGUCCGGGAGUCUGAACGUGUCACAGGCCCCCAGAUGAGGAGCUGACUUGAUCUGAGUUGACAGAGCUGCCUCAGAUAGACAAAUCACUAAUGGGCAGAGAAUAAACUGUCUAAGAAAGAACAAUCAGGCAUUCAUCCACACAACUGGAUAGGCAGCCCAUUUCCCUACACAGAAAGAAUCACAUUGUAUAUCCUGUAAUAUGGGUUAUGGAAAUUGUGUUCUGUAAAGUUACCAAUUCAGUCUACUCCGCGUAAGUUUUGCCUAAGGAAUGGAGUGGAAGGACAUUGUAUUAUGUUUCUAAAUGUCAUAUUGGAUGUCAUGUUUUACCUCCAGAUGCAUAAAGUGCAGGAACCCUCUCUAAAAAUGAGAACAUAGCCUUCUCUUAAAAAUACAAAAUACGCUCCUAAACCUACAGUGUGUGGGCAGGUUCAUCUAGAUUUUUAUUUUUAGUUGCUGUGACUCGCAGCUCAAUUGUAGCAUUAUCUGUUUCCAUGUUUAUGGGUUCAAUCAAAGAGCAAAUAUUAUCUUCUUCACGCUGCACAUGAGUGGGAGGGGAAGAGACAGCAAGCGCUGGUUUGUGUGCUCAGGGUGAUGCUGCAAACACAAAAGAAAUUGGUGCUGCAUUAUUUCAACAAAAUGUGCUGUAUACUGUUGUUG